AGUAGGAAACACAUUUUCUAAGAAUAACAUAUAACAACAUGAAUCAAGCCUGUUUAUAUCAUAGAGCCAAUCAAGUCCAAAGACACGAUGCUGAACAGAUCAUUAAAGAAUAUGCCAAUAUAUUGCAAUGGCGUUUAGAUGGCUCUGAUGUUUUGUUAGAUGUUGGUUCCGGUUCGGGAGAUGUUUUAAUGGAUUUUAUUUAUAACAUUAUGCCACCGAAAUUUGAGAAAAUUGUGGGUUCAGAUAUUUCUCCUAAAAUGGUAAAUUACUCUAAAAACUGUUAUCACUCACAGGAGAAAUGUGAUUUUAAGGUAUUGGAUAUCGGCACGAAAAAUGAUAUACCUAAUGAUAUGAAGGAGCAAUUUGAUCAUGUUACCUCGUUCUAUUGUCUACACUGGAUACAAAAUCAAAGACAAGCUUUGCAAAAUAUUUAUAAUCUUUUAAGAGCCGAGGGUGGUGAUUGUCUUUUAGUUUUUUUGGCCUCUAAUCCUAUUUUUGAUGUCUACAAACUGUUAAGUAAAUCCUCGAAAUGGUCUAUUUACAUGAAAGAUGUAGAUCAAUUUAUCUCUCCCCUACACUAUUCCAAAGAUCCUAAAAUGGAAUUUUCUACUAUGCUUAAAGAGGUGGGCUUUACAGUUGUAAAUAUAGAGUUAAAACAUAAAGUAUAUGUCUAUGAGGGCUUAGAAAUUCUUAAAGACAAUGUCAAAGCAGUUUGCCCUUUCCUGGAACGUAUGCCUCUAAAUUUGCACGACAGCUUUAUGGAUGAUUUUAUUAAUACCGUGACCAGUUUAGAUUUAAAACUAGAUCAUCAUUCCAAUGAAUUAGACAGCAAAUUUAAUUCGCCUUAUAAAUUACUUAUAGCAUAUGCCAGAAAGUCUCCCCAAAACGUCAGGGGCAGUGUUACUGAUAUGAUUAGUACUGCAAAAGUGGAGAAAGGCUUGAAUUAG